GUCAGGGUAUGCGUGUGAAGGCAAGGAAGGAAGGAAGGGGAUCUGCCGUCUCUCAUCUUCUUCUUCCUCCUCUUUUUUCUUGUCUUGUCUUAUCUUCCCUAAGCAGGCAGAGCAGAGCAGAGGUAGAGCAGAGCCCGGCAGAAAGGGGGUGGCGAUGGCGGCGGUGCUGAAGGUGUACGCGGACCGGCUGUCGCAGCCGUCGCGCGCCAUCAUCAUCUUCUGCAAGGUCAACCGGAUCGACUUCCAGGAGCUCACCGUGGAUCUCGCCAAGGGACAACACCGCGCACACGAAUUCACCAUAUUAUUUCCUUGCGUAGAAAUCAACCCCAUGGCGCAGGUCCCAACAAUCGUUGAUGGAAGAUUCAAACUCUUUGAAAGUCAUGCCAUUCUGAGGUAUCUCGCCACCGUCUUCCCCGGGGUUCCACAUCACUGGUAUCCAGCCGACUUAUUUACCAGAGCAAAACUCGAGUCCGUCUUGGAUUGGCAUCACUCUAAUCUGCGCCGUGGUGCAGCAACCUAUGUACUGCACACCGCGUUGGGUCCUGCUCUCGGCCUCACACCCAGUCCUGAGGCUGCAAAAGAGGCCGAGAAGUUGCUGUCACGAUCACUGGGAACGAUCGAAACCGUGUGGCUCAAAGGCGAUGCCAAAUUCUUGAAUGGCAACCCCCAGCCAUCCAUCGCAGACCUCAGCCUUGUGUGCGAGAUAAUGCAGCUGGAGGUUGUUGGUGACGAGAGACGUGACAGAAUUCUGGGACCUCAUGAGAAGGUUCGUGCUUGGAUGGAGAAUGUGAAGAAGGCCACCAGCCCUCAUUUUGAUGAAGUUCAUCAGCUCAUCUUCAAACUGAAGGCGCGCUUGAACCCAGCAUCCAAGCUCUGAACACAUUCCUACACACAUUUACCGGACUGUUGGGAUUAAAACAAGUACCAUCCAUGUGGGAUGAAAGAAAGAAAGAAGGAACAAGAACCUUGAUGUUUGCGCUGUAAAUCUUCUUGUGUACAAAAGUCACGCCUUACAUUUUUAUGGAUCGGAGUACAUUUCAGCAUGGAGUGAGUAAGCAAUAGUAUUUUGUUUCAACCAGAGUGAUGCGAUGUUACAGCAUUUACUCAACAAAAUUGAUGUUUCAUUACGGUACAAAGCGAAACAGGCAUACGAUUCAGAUUCCA